AUGACUAUUUAUUUCCGACAUUUUUAUUUUGUAUUGUGUGUAAAUAAAGAUGGCCAAAAAGAAAACUCUCGGAAAAAGAAAACAAUUAAAACGUCUAAGAGAACAACUCCGUAUUUUGAACGAAGGAAAAAAAAAAAACCAAACAUUUCAUUCAUUGAGCUUGAGAAUGUGACGAAUAAAACGGCGCCCACGGUAUUAGAGAAUGGACUGCACGAAGACGGAUCGGCACGCGGCGCGAGCGACUCGAGCGGCGCGCCGGCGGUGCCCACGUCGUUGUCGGCGGCGGUGGCUGGCCAUUUGGAACAGGGAAAAGGGGACUCGUCGCUAUCUAUUGACAGUACGGACAAGUUUCCAGACGAAGAGCACACGUCAGAUAGAAAUCAUGCAGAAAUCAAUGAAGAAUCAGACGAAAGAAGAAUCAUAGACCUUAAAUAUUUUCUAAAAGAAUUAAAAACAAUUUCGAACCACUCAACAGCCUUCGGUUGCGGUAUAAAUAAUUUGGAGUUGAUAGGGGAGAAAAGUCCAAGCGACAAUUUGAAUGUAAAUACUGCCGUAGUAACGAGUGCUGCUAUUACAGGUGUAGGAUAUACACAAUUGCAAGAAAUAUUUACAUCAAUAAAUGUUCCGUUUAUGACAGAAGUUUUUUAUAAGAAAAUUGAUAAUCGAGUUAGUGAAGAAUGGGAAAAGUUAGCCACAAUUGAAAUGGAAGCUGCGGCUGCUCGUGAGAAGCAAAGUGCAUUGGACGAAGGCAGAGUCAAUUCAGAUGGAAUCCCCGUCAUAGACGUGAUCGUUGAUGGUUGCUAA